GUUGUGGUAAUUGAGGCGUGCGAUCACAGAUUAUAGAAGCCGAGCUAUAUUUUGGCUCAAGAGUGAUCUACAUAUAUAGUUUUAUUUUUUGGAUUCCUUUUCAAAUACUGGAAAUUUAAAAUAAUGAUGAAUGUUAUUUUUCGUCAUUAGCAUACUACAAAAUAUGUCCAAAGUAUCCAGGUGGCGGUAUUUCUUAUGUAUUUCAAUAUGUUAAAUAUAAAUAUAGUUCACAAGCAAAGUACAAAACCUAACAUCGUAAGGUAAGAUUAUGAGAUUGAUGUUGUGGAUAUAAAUUUGAUUUUUAUUUCUGAAGGGUCUCUAAUAUAACCAUCAUGAUAGCCAGCUCUACCGCAGCUAUAAUUUUCUGUUGUUACGUUGGAUACUGUGCCGCAUAUUUAUCGUCAGUAAGUUCAGACUACCAAUGCGCACUGCGGCGAGAUCAGAGAAGAGAUUGUUCACCAAAGGAAAACAAGAGAGACAACUGCUUAGCUCUUGGUUGUUGUUUUGAUAACUCAGUUUACGACACGAUAUGGUGCUUUUAUCCGUUGAGUCUCCCACAGGGCAGGUGUCCUCAUCCAGAAUGCCAAGUACUACCAGAAGAUCGUAUGCCGUGUUUUACUUCACAUAUUUAUGUGUCAAGAAGCAUGUGUUCCGGUAACGGUUGUUGCUAUGAUGAAGAUUCGUAUGGUGCGCCAAAGUGUUUCAUGCGAAAAGUCAGAGUCAUCGCAUUCACCGGUUUCAGCGUAGGACUGAAUAGCGUUUCUCAGCAAAACUGCGAUCGUGUGGAUCCGUUUCAACGAAAGAGGUGUGGAGGAGUCAGAACAACUCAAGAGCAGUGCACACGAUUCAGAUGCUGUUGGGUUGAAAUUUGGCUUGCUGGACCUCGGUGUUUUUCGCCACAGCCAUCAGCAACAGUGCAACGUUGGAUGCAGCCUUCCACAACAAGACGUCGUUUCUUGUUUUAAUUGAUUCUUAUCGUUUUUUCAUUUAAUUUUAUUAUUUGUUUCAAUAUUUUUAUUGCACCAUUAUGAAAAUAAAUUUCACGGUAAUGUUUGAAGUCGUAA